GAAUUGUCUCUCUGGUGGUGCUGCGGCGGCAUCAUAUAUAUACCUCCCGUGAACCCUGUUGCUUCCUCGGUCCCUCGGUCAAGGCGGAUAUCUGCAUGUCGAAAAAGUCAAUUAUCCCGAGGAUCAUCUUCCUCAUGGCAUAUGAGACUUGGGAAUGAGUCACAGGCAAGCCUUGCAUCGGGAGGAUCGUCUGGAGGACUGUCAAUGGCAACUGUCUGGAAACAUGUGCUGACCGGUUUGUUCCGGUGAUGUAGAUGACCCGUAUCAUCUGGAAGGAGAUCAGAGAGAAGUUGAUCCUGCCUUACCUCGACAUUGACCUCAAGUACUACGACUUGGGUCUCGAAUACCGUGACGAGACCAACGACCAGGUCACCAUCGACUCUGCUGAGGCCAUCAAGAAGUAUGGCGUUGGUGUCAAGUGUGCCACCAUCACCCCCGAUGAGGCCCGUGUCGAGGAGUUCAAGCUGAAGAAGAUGUGGCUUUCGCCCAACGGAACCAUCCGUAACAUCCUCGGCGGUACGGUCUUCCGUGAGCCCAUCAUUAUCCCCGCCAUCCCCCGUCUCGUCCCUGGCUGGACCAAGCCCAUCAUCAUUGGCCGUCACGCCUUCGGUGACCAGUACCGUGCCACCGACCGGGUCAUCCCUGGCCCCGGUAAGCUCGAGCUGGUCUACACCCCCGAGGGUGGUCAGCCCGAGACCGUCAAGGUCUUCGACUACACUGGCGGUGGUGUUGCCCAGACCCAGUACAACACCGAUGACUCCAUCCGCGGCUUCGCCCAUUCCAGCUUCCAGGUUGCCCUCCUCAAGGGUCUGCCCCUUUACAUGAGCACCAAGAACACCAUCCUCAAGAAAUACGAUGGCCGCUUCAAGGACAUCUUCCAGGAGGUCUUCGAGAAGGACUACCAGAAGGAGUUUGACGCCAAGGGCAUCUGGUACGAGCACCGUCUCAUCGACGACAUGGUCGCUCAGAUGAUCAAGUCUGAGGGUGGCUUCGUCAUGGCUCUUAAGAACUACGACGGUGACGUCCAGUCCGACAUUGUCGCUCAGGGCUUCGGCUCUCUUGGUCUGAUGACCUCCACCCUCAUCACCCCCACCGGUGAGGCCUUCGAGUCCGAGGCCGCCCACGGUACCGUCACCCGUCACUACCGUGAGCACCAGAAGGGCAAUGAGACCUCGACCAACCCCAUUGCCUCGAUCUUCGCCUGGACCCGUGGUCUUGUGCAGCGCGGCAAGCUCGACAACAACCUCGAGCUCAUUACCUUCGCUGAGGAGUUGGAGCGUGCCUGUACCGACGUUGUCAACGACGAGGGUAUCAUGACCAAGGACUUGGCCCUCUCGUGCGGCCGCAAGAACCGUGAGGCGUGGGUUACCACCAAGGAGUACAUGGCUGCUGUCGAGCGCCGUCUCCAGUCCAACCUCAAGUCCCGUUUGUAAGCGAAUUAUGACUUAGGAGUUAUAUUUGGGUGAAAUGAAUUUGUUUAUUUGGCUGUACAGUUUUGGAUGUGCCAUGAUUUUGUAUAUCAUAUAGAAUAAUGGAUUUGUGAUGACACUACUACCUUUCAUGCUCACUUGCCGAAUGGGGAAAUAUCCGAGGCUGAAGUCUAGAUCCGAUCGAGACAAAGUCUUGACGCAAUGACAAUGACACUCCACAGAAAAAGUUGGUUGA